UUGGUUUUCGGUAUACGGGCUUCUGACUUGCGAAGUCAUCCCAGUCGAGCCGCGGACUUCGCGCGGUAAAGACGUCAACGUCGGCUCCUACCAUUAUUUUAUAUAUCUAUUAUUUUCUUAUUAAUUCUAUUAUAUACUGUAUAUAAACCAAGUUUUAUUAUAUACAGAGUUUUAGUUAAAAAACUAUGUUAGUCUGUGUUUUCAAGAAGAAAGUUUAAAAGGAACCUAACCAACCACCAUGGGAGUCGCAUCAGACGGUUUCACCGGCCAGUGGAGGGCGAAGAUAGCGGCCCUCAGGGAGUCCAGGAAGUUGGUGUUAGUCAUCGUGGCCAUCGCGCUACUCCUUGAUAACAUGCUGCUGACUACUGUCGUGCCAAUAAUACCGGAGUUUCUCUACGACAUCCGACACCCUGACGCUCCCCUCUCGAUGUCUCUGGAGGACAUCACACUAGCCCCUCCCUCCCCCACCCCCUACUGUCCCUGUAUGCAGCCCAACACUACGAGCAUACUGCAGAAUGAGACACAGACAUUAAACCUCACAGCACAGAGGGAGGAGAGGCAUCAAGAGCUGAUCCAUGAGACAGUGGCGGUCGGAGUCAUGUUCGCCAGCAAAGCGCUGGUGCAACUCCUUGCUAACCCGUUCGUUGGACCUCUCACUCAUAAGAUUGGAUACAGCGUGCCUAUGUUCACUGGGUUCAUUCUGAUGUUCCUGUCUACUCUGAUCUUCGCAUUCGGCCGUUCAUACUCAGUGCUCUUCAUCGCCCGGGCGCUGCAGGGCAUCGGGUCCUCAUGUUCCUCCGUCUCCGGCAUGGGCAUGUUGGCUGAGAGGUACCCUGAUGAUAAGGAACGAGGAAACGCAAUGGGUAUCGCCCUAGGUGGACUUGCCUUGGGGGUGCUGAUAGGCCCGCCUUUUGGCGGUCUCAUGUACGAGUUUGUGGGGAAGACCGCACCAUUCUUGAUGUUAUCUGCGUUGGCACUGGGAGAUGGAUUGCUUCAGCUGAUGAUCCUCCAACCAGGAGUGGUGCGCCAGGAGUCGGAGCCACCUUCUCUUAAAGCCCUCGUCUCCGAUCCUUACAUCCUCAUUGCGGCAGGAGCUAUCACCUUUGCUAACGUGGGUAUCGCGAUGCUGGAGCCAAGUCUUCCGAUCUGGAUGGCUGAUACCAUGGAGGCCCGCCGGUGGCAGCAAGGAGUCGCCUUCUUGCCGGCCAGCAUCUGUUACUUGAUCGGUACGAAUCUGUUUGGGCCCCUCGGACACAAGAUGGGACGAUGGUUGGCCGCCUGCUCUGGACUUAUCAUCAUUGGACUGUGUCUUAUUCUGAUCCCAAUGGCUCGCAAACUGGAACACUUGAUAAUCCCCAACGCUGGUCUCGGCUUCGCUAUCGGCAUGGUGGACUCCUCCAUGAUGCCAGAACUUGGCUUCCUGGUGGACAUCCGUCAUGCUGCAGUCUAUGGCUCCGUAUACGCUAUAGGAGACACCGCCUUCUGUCUCGGAUACGCUGUUGGACCCGCACUCUCAGGAGCUCUGAUGAACAGCAUCGGCUUCGAGUGGAUGCUGGUCAUCAUAGCAGUGCUCAACUUCAGCUACGCACCCUGUCUCCUGUUCCUCAGGUCACCACCAGCCAGAGAUGAGAAACAGAGCCUAAUAAUCAGCGACAAGUCAUCCGUACGUUACGUGAGCUAUCAGAACGAAGAAGAAGAAUAAAUAACGCCGCCAUGUUGUCCCGCCAUUUUAAAUCCCGCCAUUUUUUGACGUUUACCAGAGACUCGGGAGUUUCUUUUUAAAUGGAGUUUUAUUAUAACUUUCGUGAGACAUACUAAAUUAAUUAUUGUGUUAUCGGCUUACUGACGUCACUGUUUGACGAGGAACUCGAUUAGUUUCAUGCCAUGCUUUUUUUAAGGAGGGAAAAUCAUCUAAUGACUUCUCUCGCGAAGAAAGGGAGUGUCAGACUCUUACUGACUAAAAACAACCGCGUUCAUACUGCUGAUUUUCUGUCGAAACUCGAGUUUCGCGCCCAUCGCACCCUCUGUCUAGAAUCACGCGCACAUUCUGACGCGCGCCUGUCGCGGAAUGCUGCUCAUGAACAUGAGCCUCUAGCAUGGCUUGAAACUAGUCGAGUUCCUCGUCAAAUAGUUACGUGAAUAAGCCGAUAACAUAAUAAUUAAUAGGGGUUUGCUUAGACGUCAAAGGAGUUGUUAUAGACGAAAAAAAAGUUAAGAUUUUAAAUAUAUUUCUUCUUAUACUGUAGCGUAUUGCCCAAAAAUGUAUAUUUUGAAAUCAUAUCUAAUAUACCUAAUUAUAAUAUACCUGUUAUAUUUUGUGUCUGUCUAUGACUUAUAUAUACAAAUAUUUCUAGAUAUUUUCUCUGUAGAUAAAAUCUUCUGACCAAUUUUGCUCUUUGACCUAAAACUGUAUACUAUUGUCGCUUUUAAUAUUGUCUAUGUAUAAUAUAUGUCUACGUGUAUACUUCAGCGAUUUAAAAAAAUACUUAUAUACAUACCUAGUAUAUAAAGAUAGUAGAGAUUAUUUUCUAUUCCAUAGCCUAAUACAUAUAAUCUUUAAAAUUGAACAAACUUAAAUAACAAUUUUCUUAAAAAUAUACCAAACGAGAAUACUUCUAUUCAAUCUUUUAUAUCCUCGCAAAUACUUCUUCUUAUACGAAAAUAUUAUGUAUUUAUAUAAACCAAGGCGUGUAUUUUAGCUAAUAUAUAAAAAAAUACAAUAAUCAAAUAAAAUGAAAAUGUAUACAAUAAAAUAUGUAGUGAUAUUAAAUGUCGGCUUACACAAUAAUUAUAUACAAUUUUAAUAUAUUAUAAUAUUAUGUAAUAUAUAUACUACAUAAUUUAAUUUUGCAAAGGUGACUUUGACAAUAUUUCUUUCAUAUACAUAUAUAAAAAUGUAUUCAUGACAAUAUAAAAAAUUUAUGCUAAAGAAAAAAUAUUCGUUUCGAUAAUUUUAUAGGAAAAAAAUGUAUUUCUUGUACUGAAAUAAUCAGUACCUAACCAGUAUUUUUAAUAUAAUUUAAUGUCUAGAUUGAAUGUCAUCGUUCGGUUUAAAAUUUCAGGGAUAGAAAGCGUGACAUUACUUACUUAUUUUAGGAUAAUUAUGGUCAAAUAAUCUUGACCAUUUGGCCAAGUGUGGGAGAGCCAUGCUUCGGCACGAAUGGGCCGGCUCGAUCGGAGUCAUACCACGGCCUCAACGAAAACCAUUUUACACAUCAUGGUGUGCUCAAUAGAAAAGAAAACAUUUCAUUUCGAGCAAAUCUAUGAGAAGGCCACGACAUAUGCACGGUUUUAAAUGUAUGACAUGCUUUCUAGACAGGUAAAUUAAAUAAAUACCUAAAAAAACAUUUUUAAAUAUUUUAAUUUGACAAUAAUAAUAUACAUAUACGAAAUAAUCACACAUUUCAUUGGAUGUCGGACCAAAGAGACGUAGAAAUUUCAUUUAUUAUUAUCAUAAUAUCUAAUAAUAAUUAUGAGCUUAAUAAUAAGUCUUGUAAAUAAUGCAAUAAUAAUGUGUUUAAUGACAAUAUAUAUCACAAUAAUAUUGCUUAUUUUAGUGUUUAUUAUAAUAUAUAAAAAAUAUAUUUACUGUUUAGAAAUACCUGUGCUUAGAUAAUAAUAUAACAGUAUCAAGAAUAUAUAUUAGUUAAACUAUAUUAAUAUAACAUCAUAUUAUAACAUGGGACUUAUAACAUAACAGGUGUUAAAUGUGAGUGUCACAUUGCCACGCCUCUGCCUAACUUAUUAGUGAAUAAAAGGCGUGAUGUUAUGUAUAAUUUAAGACCAAAAAACCAACUUAAAUUCGCAUAAUAUGUAACAUUAAUUUAUGCCAUUAUUACCAGUGUUUCUUAUAGUAUAAAAACAAAAUUUAAAUGAACACGGCUAUAAAAAUUUGGCUUCAAUUUAAUAUAAAAUAUAUUACAAUAAAAUUAGUGUAUUGUAAGACGUUUUAUGUAUCAAUAAUAGUUUAAUUUAUUUAAUUAUUUAUUCUUAUUAUUGCGAAUAUGAAUGGUUGUAAAUACUUAGUAUAUAUUAUACAUAUUACAUAUAUAAAUGCUAAUCAUUACGUAUGGAAAUGUUAAAAUUACAUUUCAGACAUAUUAUUUAUUUUAUUUUCAUUACAUCGUAUUUAAAAUCGAAGUAUAGGUUAUAUACCACCUGCUUUUUUAUGUCCUUUUACAAAAAGAAAUAAUCGACUUAAGAAAAUCGGUUAAGAACUAAAAUUUUUAAAAUAACUUUUAUUUCGAAGGUCGGUGUUAAAUAAGAAACCAACACCGACUUUCUUUAGUCAAGCCAGUUAUUUUGUUUUAGCAAAAAGUGUUUUGUAUUUGAAAAACAGGAAUGUUUGUAUCCCUAACACACAAAAACAAUUUGGAAAGUGUUAAAAAACAGGCUGUAUAUAGCAAUAUCUUUACAUUCUCUCAAAUAAUGGCUGUUCUUGAUUAUACUCAUAAAACAUUAUGAAAAUAACAUAUUAUAUUAUUCAAAUAUAUUAUAAUGUAGUACAUGUUUAAUCACAUUAGAUCGCUGUUAUAAAUUCGUAAUAGGUAUUUAUUAAAAAAAAUAAUAUAAUCAUGUUUGAAAGUAGAAUUGUGUUAUAAUAUUCUUGAAUUCGAUGGACAAGUUUCUUCAUUUGUGUCGUUUAAGGACUUGAAUCUAUUAACCCUUUAACUGCCCAGUGAAAUAUCAAAUAGCGUGUGGCUACAAAUCGCAAAAAAAGAUAUCUACACCAAAUAAGAUGAAUAAAUCAACAAUCGUGUGAAUAGAACAAAAGAAAUCAUGUACGUUCUCUGUAGCAACAUACUUAUACGACAAUAGGGAUACGGAUAUAUGCCACAAAUAUGUGACACAGACAGUUCAAAGGUUAAGCAAAAUUAGACACGAGACAUGUUGUUUUACUAUCUACUCGCAUCAUUCGACAACAUGUCGCUAGGGUAUACAGUAUUGAUUUGAACGACAUUUAUAUGUUGCUAGUCACUUUUCCACUUAACAUUACUUGAAGUUUCUCAAACAUCUUUAGCACUAUGACGUUCCCAGUACUUAACUCUGUUUCUCUUAAAAAGUUCAAAGCUAAUACACAGCAGUUGUUAAUGAAUUCGUCGUGAGACCAACAUGUUUCUUAGCCUCAUACUAGCUAUUCUUAAUUCUACGACACACGCAAAGAAAAUUGUGUAUGGCUGCACAAUUAAUCUGUAGAAAAUGUUGAAAUAUGUCCAUUUCAUUCAAUUUCCAAUAAUAAUAAUCACUAUUACAUAAUUAAUAACAAUUUUAUCGUAAAAAAUAUAUUGUAGUAAUUGAAUUAAUAAACGAAACUAUCUAUAUUAAAACAUUUCAAUUUAUCACAUAAAUAAUCGCAUUUUAAAUAAUAAUUAAUGAAAUAUACAUUCAUUUAAUCACAAUAUCUUCCAAUAUUAGACAUUUAAAAGUAGUUAUAAUAUAUUUAUUCAAAUAUAAUUUAAUAAUAAUAUCAAAAUCAUUAUAAUCUAUUUAAAAAUUGAAUCAGGCUUCAUCGUAGGUGUGUUAUUAUUAUUAUAUAGGUAUAUAUAAAUAUUAUUAUAAUAUACUACAUUCAACGAAUAUAUACAUGCAUUAUUAAUGUGUAGUGAUUUAUGAAAUAUUAAUAAUAUGUAGUAAAUAAUAAUGAAACGUAGUAAUAUUUAAUCGUCUGGUAGUAUAUUUUAAUGUAGUGUAGAAUUACAAUCAUUCAUAUUUUAUUUAUAUUUUUGACAAUAGCUGGAUUUGGGUCCUUGACACAACCUAAUGUGUAUUUUUAAAUAAUAAUUUGUCUUGUAAUCCGAUUGGCAAAUGGUUUACAUUGUUUUAAUGUAGUGUCUAUAUGUUUUCAUUGUAAUUAGACAAGUAGUAUUUUUAGAUGUACCUAGUGCGAUUUUUAAAGUUGUAUUUGAAGGUCGUAAUUGUCUUGUUCAUUUAAUAUUUAUGUUACUUUACGCGGGUCAUUAUAUACAUAUAGGUACGUCGUAAAUACUAAAAGGCCGGCAACACACUUGUAACGCCUCUGAUGUUUUGGAUGUCAAUGGGCGACAGCGAUUGCUUACCAUCCAGCUCGUUUGUGUGUACUGAAAACUAAAUAAACAAUUAUCUUUUCCUUAACAAGAUUUUUUCAAAAUAACUUUAAAAAUAACACUUUUGAUAAUAUUAGAAUAAAUAACAAAAUAAUAUUGUUUGUACAAGAGCCUCGAGCUAAAAGUGUAUCGUAGUAAUAAUUUGGGAAACUUUGUAAUAUAAUAUAAUAGUAAUAAUAAAAUAUAUUUAUUAAAAUAUAUACAACAUAUUAAUAUUAAUAAUUGUAAUAUUAUAACCCGGUUAAUAAGCGAUAAAUACACUAGUCGGCCAAAAUAAUAAUUUAGAAAUAAGCUAUGAAAUGUAUUUAGGAUAUAGAUAUUUUAGCGAAUUUAAACAAUGCCAAAAUCGCCAUUUUUAAUUAAAUGUAAGGAAACGCAAUGAUGUAGUACUUUUAGAGUUCGUCCAUGUCCAGAAAAUAUAUAUUUUUUGUGAAUAAUAAUUGCAAAUCGUGUGGUGAUUGUCCAGUCAACUGAUGGUAGCGAGGUUCACUGUCCAGUGACACACGUACGCUGGUAUCGUCAUGAGCUAAUGUCGACAUGUAAACAGUGACUCGUGUAGUGUAGAGAUUGUCCAGUCAACUGAUGGUAGCGAGGUUCACUGUCCAGUGACACACGUACGCUGGUAUCGUCAUGAGCUAAUGUCGACAUGUAAACAGUGACUCGUGUAGUGUAGAGAUUGUCCAGUCAACUGAUGGUAGCGAGGUUCACUGUCCAGUGACACACGUACGCUGGUAUCGUCAUGAGCUAAUGUCGACAUGUAAACAGUGACUCGUGUAGUGUAGAGAUUGUCCAGUCAACUGAUGGUAGCGAGGUUCACUGUCCAGUGACACACGUACGCUGGUAUCGUCAUGAGCUAAUGUCGAUAUAUGUAAACAGUGACUCGUGUAGUGUAGAGAUUGUCCAGUCAACUGAUGGUAGCGAGGUUCACUGUCCAGUGACACACGUACGCUGGUAUCGUCAUGAGCUAAUGUCGACAUGUAAACAGUGACUCGUGUAGUGUAGAGAUUGUCCAGUCAACUGAUGGUAGCGAGGUUCACUGUCCAGUGACACACGUACGCUGGUAUCGUCAUGAGCUAAUGUCGACAUGUAAACAGUGACUCGUGUAGUGUAGAGAUUGUCCAGUCAACUGAUGGUAGCGAGGUUCACUGUCCAGUGACACACGUACGCUGGUAUCGUCAUGAGCUAAUGUCGACAUGUAAACAGUGACUCGUGUAGUGUAGAGAUUGUCCAGUCAACUGAUGGUAGCGAGGUUCACUGUCCAGUGACACACGUACGCUGGUAUCGUCAUGAGCUAAUGUCGACAUGUAAACAGUGACUCGUGUAGUGUAGAGAUUGUCCAGUCAACUGAUGGUAGCGAGGUUCACUGUCCAGUGACACACGUACGCUGGUAUCGUCAUGAGCUAAUGUCGACAUGUAAACAGUGACUCGUGUAGUGUAGAGAUUGUCCAGUCAACUGAUGGUAGCGAGGUUCACUGUCCAGUGACACACGUACGCUGGUAUCGUCAUGAGCUAAUGUCGACAUGUAAACAGUGACUCGUGUAGUGUAGAGAUUGUCCAGUCAACUGAUGGUAGCGAGGUUCACUGUCCAGUGACACACGUACGCUGGUAUCGUCAUGAGCUAAUGUCGACAUGUAAACAGUGACUCGUGUAGUGUAGAUAUUGUCCCGUCAACUGAUGGUAGCGAGGUUCACUGUCCAGUGACACACGUACGCUGGUAUCGUCAUGAGCUAAUGUCGACAUGUAAACAGUAGCUCAUGAGGUGUAGACGGUCUAGUCAGCUAAUCAACUAAAUAGUUGCUUUCAACUAUCGCGCAACUAAAUACCUAUUAUGUAUACAUUUUUAUUUUGUAGUAUUUUAGUACUGAGUUGUUAUUUAGUAUACAGGUAAGAAAAUAAAGACAGAUUCAGUACAGAGACAGUAGCUAUUGUUAUACUAAAUUGUACGCUUUGUAACGAAGCCAUAUCUUUUGUAACUCAGUCGGCGCUAGACAACCAAUGGUUGCUGUCUCUGUACUGAAUCUAUCUUUAUUUUAUUACCUGCAUACUAAAUAACUUGGCUGAAUGUAUAUAAAAGCAAAAUUAUUGUAAUUGCAUAUCACUGUAUUCAUCUCGACACGAAACCUUGUAUUGCAAAUAUUUUCACAAAUUAACACAAAUAGGUAUCUAAUCAGUGCCGGCGUACUGCACUGUAUCUAAUCUACAUCUACAUUUAGAAACAAAGAGUUUUCUUUAUAUAAAAUCUAUUGAUGUUACUUUUACAAUGAAAAUUGACAGUAUUAAUUAUUAUGUGUACCUACUUAAUUCAUUUAAAUCGUUUUUUGUUUAUAGGUAUUUUUUUAUAUAAUUGUGAAGUCAAAGGUAAUAUUUUUUUAAUUACAGUUUCAUUUGAUUACUUUUUACGGCAAAAGGAUGAGUGACAACAUAAAAAUCUAGUCUCAGUCAAUCUAGCUUUAAGAUAUUACCCAGGGGCCUUAGUCUGCUAUUACAAUUGUGUCAGAAUGGUCGAUCACUGAGCAGUGCAAGAGGGACGGAGCUAUGUAGGUUGUAUAGUUCCGUCCCUCUUGCACAGAUCGACCAUUCUGACACAAUUGUAAUAGCAGACUAAGGCCCCAGUACGCAUCGCAUGUAGGCAUUGCCGAUGAUGCGGUCCGUACGAUGCGGAUCAGUGGACGCAGUUGUAUGAGUUUCUAUACAAGACAAACUAAAAUCCGUUGCGUGCGAUGCGUACGAUGCGGGCCUGUGGAUCCUUACUUUAAAUGAUAAACAAUUUUUAAAUAUGGCCGACAAUAAGCUGUCGUGUUCAUAAUAUUCCUAAAUAUUGUCACAAUAAUUUUAAAGCGUACAAUUUCGUAGAUUUUCUACUUUAUUUGCUAAGUCUAAGAUGUUUUUCGACUGUUUUUCUACGAAUUUUAAUUAUUACAGUUGCGGGAUUUGCUUGCUGUAGAUACAACUAGAUAACAAUCGUUAGCAAGUCGCUCACCUAGUAAUAUAUUGGCACAUCUGCAAAAAAUGCGAAAUUGACUUUAUAUGGUUUACGUGUUUAAAAGUGCAUAUUAAUCUAUUUAUUUCCAUAUUCAUCGAGAGAGGUCGUAAGUGUCAUUAUACUACAUUAUUAUAGUUUCACACACAUAAAACAACGGUUCAUUGGUCAGUAAACUAAAAACUAAACAAGUCAGGUAAACUAUGAAAACCGUAAAUGUGCCAAUAUUUUACUAGGUGUGCGAAAUAUUAGUUUUUGACAAAUGCAGUAAAAUGUAGGCAGCUUAUUUUAUUUGCAAUAUCGAAUAUAGUUCUGUUCUAAAAGAUUUUACAGAAAUUCGAAUUCAAUAUGGUACUUUUUAAAUGCGAUAAAUCGACCAAAAGAAUCAUUAUAAUUGGGACUCACUACAAGCAAUUUAUAUCCGAAUACUCAAACGCUACUCAAUUUGAAGACGCUCUCAAAACUAGUUCUGUUACUAUCAAUUCUUUAUAAAAUGACAGAGAUAGCACGAUAUUUAAGUACAGCUUAAAAUUGAGUAGCGUUUCAGUAUUUGAGCGUUAGUCUCAAAUAUAAAUCUUAAAAUAAUCAGGUUUUCCUUAAAUGCUAAAGUCUAUUUAAAUUCCUAAGUUAACUUGGUUUUGUUUAACUGUGAUAGGUUACCUAUUUUUAUGUAUAAAAUAUCUAUGGGCCCAAACUAUACAUACCUACCUAAUAAUUUGGUCAAGAAUUGUCUACUUUUCAACAUAAAGUAAAAAUUAAACUCAUUAGUUUACUAAAUUAACUAAAAAAUCACGGUUUUCUCACGUACAUUAUUUGAGAAAAGCUCUACUACUUUCGAGUCACAGAGGGACUCUUCAUCAUGAGUAGCGUGCUUAUAUGUGUUUUUUAGUUAAUUUAGUAUGUCUCACUAGUUUACUUGUCACUUUCAAUAUUAUAAAGCAAUUUUCUGCAAUUUAAAGUGAGAGAACUUAUAGCUAAUUAUUUUUAAUUAUACUGUUUUUUUUUUUAAUACAAAAGAGAUUGAGAGAAUGUUUAUUUAGUCUACGCUUAUCUGUUUAAUCUGUUUUCUUACUAUAUAAUCUGUGAUGAUUGACAUUUUGAAACGUCAAACAAAAAAUGGAGGUUAAAUAAAUAUUUUUACUUAAUAAAAAAUGGAUUCACGAUAUUUAAAGUUAACUUAUAAUAUAGAAACGAGAUGAAAUGUUUUUAUAAAUUGCUAUGAGCACAAGUUUAUGUAUUGAUAAAAUAAAUAAAUAUGAGAAUGCUGUA